AUGGUCAACCUACUGUCUAUGGUGUGGAGGAAGAUCUUACGGAAGAGAUGGGUUCUGGGGGUGGUCUUCGGACUUUCUCUCAUUUAUUUCCUCACCAGCACCUUCAAGCAGGAAGAAAGAACAGUAAGAGACAGAACACUGCUUGAGACAAAGGAUGAAGAGCAAAGCAUUCAUUGGAAAAUUCAGUUCAACCUGGGAAACAGCAGCCGGGUCAGAGAUCAGUGUCGGAACUCUGUUCAAGGAAAACUACUUAUUACAGAUGACUUAGGUUAUGUCUGUGAGCGCAAAGAGCUGCUAGCAAAUGGGUGCUGCAACAUCAAUGUGGCCAGCACAAGGCAGUAUAACUGUGAAAGCUGCUUACCCAAUGGGUGCUGUAGUGUGUAUGAGUACUGUGUAUCUUGCUGCCUUCAGCCUAAUAAGCAACAUGUUUUGGAGCGUUUUCUAAACCGAGCUGCAAGGGGGUUCCAAAACUUAUUCUUAGCCGUAGAAGACCACUUUGAGUUGUGUUUAGCCAAAUGUCGAACAUCCUCACAGAGUGUCCAACAUGAGAACACAUAUAGGAAUCCGGUUGCAAAAUUCUGUUAUGGAGAAAAUCCCCCAGAACUUCUUCCUCUCUAA